AUGAACAAAAAGGAAAACUUUACACAGACACUCCAGAAAAAAUACAUGGAGAAUGCGACGACACUCGGGUAUUGUAGGAAAAUGCUUGUCCAAAGAACACUUCUGGUAAAUGUACUGUCAAUGACAGUUUCGUGCAUAUAUGCCAGCGGAUUGACGUCAGAGGAACUCGGUUAUUUCCAAACAACUGGUAGAUACAAUGCUACUGUAUCCAUCAACGAACAAACGGAUCGAUACAUGAUAAUAGCCUCCGGUGAACCUGAUCAUCAGUGGGAGAUGGUAAACCCUAACAGACCUACCCAUCAGAACUAUAAUAUCCCAAUUCCAAAACAUCCUACAAUAGAAACUGUUCCUGGUUGUCUUUCCUUGGGCAUGAUCGGCAUUGCCAGGACUGGGGUGGCUCUCUACAACCCGCUUGAUAGUCAAAACCAAAAUGCUGUGGAAGGACCUGGUGCCGAGAUAUUAGAUAGUUGCGAUGGUCACGCAAGUCCGAAUGGCGCUUACCACUACCACAAGCUUCCUUUUAACUGUCUUUACGAGGGUCAAAUAGAUGAAUUCAUGGGGGUCGCGGCAGAUGGGUAUGCUAUAUACGGGCCUAAGGUACAGGAAAACGGCAUUGUAAAGAAUCUAACAUCGGCCGACCUGGAUAAAUGCCACGGCAGGAUCGGGUCUGACGGAAGAUAUCGGUAUCAUAUGACCUUUACCUUCCCCUACAUCCUAGGCUGUUUCCGAGGCGCAGUACUAUAUGACAUGACCCGCACUCAAGCUGUCUGUUCAUCUGAUACCUCGGUAUGGGAUGGAGUUUACGGUCACUACUUGUGUAACUGUUCGACAACAACCACGGGAAACACCAAUGGUGACUGUCAUCCUUCUAACCCAGACAAGCCUGCAAGUUGUUGUAAUAGGCCAAGGCCACCCCCAUAUUGCAGCCAAACAACCGUGAGUCCAGCCACUACAACUGCAAGACCAGCCACUACAACAGCCAAACCACAAACUACAACUGCAAGACCAGCCACUACAACUGCCAAACCACAAACUACAACUGCAAGACCAGCCACUACAACUGCCAAACCACAAACUACAACUGCAAGACCAGCCACUGCAACUGCCAAACCACAAACUACAACUGCAAGGCCCCCUUCUUCCACUGCCAUUCCCGCGUCUACCACUGCAAGCCCUUCAGGUUUAAACACACAAGAGCUGGCCUAUUUCCAAACGUCCGGCAACUUCAAUGCUACGGUAUCCGUUAUCGAACACGCGGACAGAUACAUGAUAAUGGCCUCCGGUGAACCUGAUCAUCAGUGGGAGAUGGUAAACCCUAACAGACCUACCCAUCAGAACUAUAAUAUCCCAAUUCCAAAACAUCCUACAAUAGAAGCUGUUCCUGGUUGUCUUUCCUUGGGCAUGAUCGGCAUUGCCAGGACUGGAGUGGCUCUCUACAACCCGCUUGAUGGUCAAAACCAAAAUGCUGUGGAAGGACCUGGUGCCGAGAUAUUAGAUAGUUGCGAUGGUCACGCAAGUCAGAAUGGCGCUUACCACUACCACAAGCUUCCUUUUAACUGUCUUUACGAGGGUCAAAUAGAUGAAUUCAUGGGGGUCGCAGCAGAUGGGUAUGCUAUAUACGGGCCUAAGGUACAGGAAAACGGCAUUGUAAAGAAUCUAACAUCGGCCGACCUGGAUAAAUGCCACGGCAGGAUCGGGUCUGACGGAAGAUAUCGGUAUCAUAUGACAUUUACCUUCCCCUACAUCCUAGGCUGUUUCCGGGGCACAGUGCUACAUGACAUGACCCGCACUCAACCCAUUUGUUCUUCUGAUACCUCGGCUUGGAAUAACCAAUACAAUCACUACCUCUGUAACUGCUCAACCAUGUUGAGUAACAACACUGAUUCUGCUUGUCAUCCGUCUCAGCCAAACAAACCUUCCUUUUGUUGUGACAGACAACCGCCUCCUCCAUAUUGUAACCAAACUACUACAAGAACUGUGACUUCCACUGCCCGUCCAACAGUUUACUACUGGAGUGUAACAGAACAGGAAAACAAGCAGGAAUGGAACCCUGGUCUUUGGUGUUAUAAUGGUCUGGCUCUACUAAAUGAGCCAAAGAAUCAUGCUCUGUCGGCUUAUUGA